AUGCGUCAGACAACCACCAACCACCUGUACAACCAAUUGUUGAAAGUACUAAUGAUGUGGGAGAUGUCAAUGGUCAGUGUAAUGUCACAUGUCUGUUUGUCGGCCGAAAGUACUGCUGAAGUAGUGCAGGAUGCGUCAGACAACCACCAACCACCUGUACAACCAAUUGUUGAAAGUACUAAUGAUGUGGGAGAUGUCAAUGGUCAGUUGUCACAUGUCUUUUUGUCGGCUGAGAGUACUGCUGAAAUAUUGCAAGAAGCGUCAGACGACCACCAACCACCUGUACAACCGAUUGUUGAAAGUACUAAUGAUGUGGGAGAUGUCAAUGGUCAGUUGACACAUGUCUGUUUGUCGGCCGAGAGUACUGCUGAAAUAUUGCAAGACGCGUCAGACGACCACCAACCACCUCUACAUCCGAUCGUCAAUGUUUGCACAUCAACAACCAAUCAUUCAAAUGAACCGGACACCACAAAUGUUUCACCUAAAAGAAAAAAACCGAAAUACCAUGAUACCGUAAAUAUGUGUGAUGAAUUUGAGAAUAAUCCCAUUAAUGCAGAAGAAGGAGAUGAUGAUGAUGACGGUGAAGAGAAUGAUGCUGACAAUUUGUUUCAGUGCCCUGAGUGUCCCAAAAAUUUCAAGUUCAAAAGUUGGCUAAGUAGACAUGCAAUCAUGCAUGAACGAUAUUACCCAUGCACAUAUUGCACUAAAACAUACAAAAAAAAGUCCGAGUUGCAGUUUCACAUACUGGCACAUACAGGCCAGAAACGAUUUAAAUGCCCCGACUGCUACGCUUCAUACAAUGACUUGUCAAAUCAAAUAAAACACUGGAACCUUAAACACAACCCAGAGACUAAACAAUAUGAAUGCGAUAGAUGUGGAGAAACAUUUACUUGUGCGAGAUACCUUAGGUAUCAUAAUUAUGCACACGAUGGUGUCCAUCCAUAUAAGUGUGACAUUUGUGGAAUGGAAUUUAGUAGCCCGUCAUUCUUGUCGAAGCACAGAAAAAAAAAAGCACAUAACGUGACUAUGGCAAACUUUGAACAAUACCUGUUAGUAUGGUCCUCGGAGACAAACGUUUUGAGAGAAAAAAAACACCAAAAGUGGUCGGUACGUGUUCUAUUCCAAAUCUCAAGUUUCAUCAAACUAUGCAAGGCAUUUGACAAUAUUUGUCGAUGAAGCGAUGUUCUUUUGGAUUUUCAGUUUGAAUGGGCUGUUUUCAGAUUUGUAUACUUUGAUGCUAUUUAUUUAUACUGGGUUCUUUAUUUAUACUUAAUUAUAAAAACUAUUUAUGCUUCACCUCUU